UUUUCCCCUGCCAUCUAUAUCCUGCAAAAGGUUCUUUCCUUCCGAUUUUCACCUCCAGCUCUGGUACGUGGGAUCUUUCUAUUGUGGAGAGGAAACGUGGCGAGAUUCUUGAGAGCAGCUGAUGCUCUUCUUGUCUUUUCAGUUGAAAGUGAAAGUGAAAGAGAGAACUUCAUGCAUGGGCAAAUAACAGUUUGAGAGAUUAUUUGCAAAUCAAAAAAAGAAAAUCAAAGAAUUUUUAUGAGAGAGAGGGGGAAAAUGUUACAGGGCGGAAAGGGAAAUAGAGGUGAAGUGUCAAUUCCAACAGAGGAUCUGCAGGCGCAGGAAUUUUCACAAGUGGACAAGAUAUAGACUCACCCCCUUUUUAUUCCAUCUUCAUCUCCACAAAUUUUUGGGAGCUUUUCUUGUUUUUUGUAUCUGAUGGGUUCAUGAAAAAUAGGGAUUUAUCUUCUUCUUUCAGCUCACUUGCUUGGAGGAAGGGUUGAAUACCUUGUUUGCUUCAGUUUUCAGAGCCAAAGUUGCAAAUGGUGGCCUUACAGCAGUUACUAAACAUGGAAGAUUCUGGAAGGGUUGAUAAGAGGGUCUUAUCAAAUGGAGAUAUUUAUAUUGGUGAUUUUAAGGGAGUGCUGCCCCAUGGCAAAGGAAAAUACACAUGGACAGAUGGAACAGUCUAUGAGGGUGAUUGGGAAGAAGGUAAAAUGACAGGAAAAGGACAUAUAGUUUGGUCAUCUGGAUCAAAAUAUGAAGGUGAGUUUUCUGGUGGAUACCUUCAUGGAUUUGGCACGUUUACUGGAUCUGAUGGGUCUGAGUACAGAGGAGCCUGGAGGAUGAAUAUACAGCAUGGUCUUGGAAGGAAGCAGUAUUCUAAUUCAGAUAUUUAUGAAGGUUCUUGGAAGGAAGGCGUGCACGAGGGUAGUGGUAGAUACUCUUGGAACAGUGGAAAUACUUACAUUGGGAAUUGGAAAGGUGGAAAAAUGUGUGGAAGAGGGGUUAUGAAAUGGGUAAAUGGUGAUCUUUUCGAUGGAUUCUGGUUAAACGGUUUAAGACAUGGUUCUGGAGUUUACAGGUAUGCAGAUGGGGGAUUUUACUUUGGAACCUGGAGUAGGGGCCUAAAGGAUGGGAAAGGAACAUUUUAUCCUGCUGGAACCAAACUUCCAUCUUUAAGGAGAUGGUCUAGUUCUCUAGGUUAUGAUGACAGUAGAAGAAGUUCAUUAUCUGAGAGCUCAUCAUUACAUUCAGAGCAAGGUGGGAUUACAAAUGCAAGACCAAGUUUUGGACACAGUUUUUCUGAGAAAAUAUCAAUUAGUAGUAGGUUGAGAAAUUCUGGCCGAAUAUCAAGCAGAACCAAUUCACUAGAUGAGAAUUGGAGUCCAAGUGACUCUGCAAGAGAAUUAGCAAGUCGUGAACCAUCAUGUGCGCUUUCGCGUGCCUCUAAUGAAGGUGAAGGAGAGGUGCAGGAUAGAAGUACUGUGGUUUAUGAAAGGGAAUACAUGCAAGGAGUUCUGAUCAAAGAGAGAAUCAGAAAUACAGAAUCAUUACGCAAAAGUAAACAGAAAAAUAAAUUUCAGAUGAAAGAGGCAAAAAAGAAGUCGUGUGUUAACUUUUUUGAAGGCCAUCAGAGCUAUUAUCUAAUGCUGAAUUUGCAACUUGGUAUCAGGUAUACUGUUGGCAAGAUCACACCAGUGCCUAUGCGUGAAGUUCGGCAUUCUGAUUUUGAAGAUCGAGCUAGGAUAAGAAUGUAUUUUCCCAGAAAGGGCUCCCAGUUCACACCUCCACACUAUUCUAUUGACUUCUAUUGGAAAGAUUAUUGCCCUAUGGUCUUCAGGAAUCUGAGGGAGAUGUUCAAGUUAGAUGCAGCUGAGUACAUGAUGUCUAUUUGUGGUGAUGAUGGUCUGAGGGAGCUUUCAUCUCCAGGGAAAAGUGGCAGUAUCUUUUAUCUUUCUCUUGAUGAUAGAUUUGUGAUUAAAACAUUGAAGAAAUCUGAACUCAAGUUUUUUCUCAAGAUGCUGCCCGACUAUUACCGUCAUGUAGGAAAGCAUGAAAAUACUCUAAUAACAAAGUUUUUUGGGGUCCAUCGCAUAAAACUAAGAGGUGGAAGAAAGGUGCGCUUUGUGGUCAUGGGGAAUAUGUUUUGCACAGAAUUAAGAAUUCAUCAACGUUAUGAUUUGAAGGGGUCAACUCAAGGAAGAAAGACAGAUAAAGAUAAAAUUAGAGAGAAUACCACAUUAAAAGAUUGUGAUCUAAAAUACGACUUCCAUAUGGACAAAAUGUUGCGAGAGUCCCUCUUCAAACAACUUUCUGAAGACUGCAUGUUCUUACAAUCUCAACAAAUCAUUGAUUAUAGCCUUCUCCUGGGUUUACAUUUUAGAGCACCUGAACAAUUGAAGGCAUUACUAGAAUCUACUGGUGCUAUAGCCAAUCAUGAGAGUUCAACUUCUGGUGAUGGUAUAAGUUCACACGGGGAGCCCUUGAUUCCACCAACAGGCUUGCUCCUUGUUACUCAUGAACCAAGCUCCGUCAACACUGCACCUGGUCCUCACAUAAGGGGAAAUACAUUGAGAGCAUAUUCUCUUGGUGCAAAGGAAGUUGAUCUCUUAUUGCCCGGCACUGGAAGGUUACGAGUUCAGUUAGGUGUAAACAUGCCCGCACAAGCCAGUCGCAAACUUGUGGAGGAGGUUGAUUCUAUGGAGGUUGAACUUUUUGAGGUAUAUGAUGUUGUCCUCUACAUGGGAAUAAUUGAUAUAUUGCAAGAAUACAAUAUGAGAAAGAAAGCUGAGCAUGCAUGCAAGUCGUUGAAGUUUGACCCUCUGUCUAUUUCCGCGGUUGAACCCAAGUUGUAUGCAGAUCGUUUCCUCAAGUUCUUACAGAGAGUUUUCCCCGAGCAACCAUAAAAAAGUUUUGGCUUUUAUAUGCUGCUUCAUCCUUCUUGCCCCUCUAAUUCAGUAAGAGUCCCCCCCCCCCCCCAAUUCUUUUUAGCUUUUUGACAUUACAAAUGAAAAUUUUAUAUGUUCUCUUUCGGUGCUUGCUUCAAUACGAAAUUCUUUGACAAUCAUUUGUUUGUAAAUGAGAUCGCCAACAAAUAAAUGUAUCCAUCUUUCCAUUAGUAUAGUAAUAUUCAGCCAAUGGAAUUUAUGCAGAUAAUGCUAUAAUUAGAAUACUGAUGAGCUUUGUCAUUCA